GUCUUGGUGCGUCGUCCGCAUUGUCCACGCGCCCACUGUGUCGCUCACCCACAUCGACGUCCUCCGACAGCAACAACAACGCUCGCGUUAAAUGUUGCCGAGGUGUGGACGCGGUUGAUUAUUGUAGGAAGGGGGUUUGUUUUUCUUUUGUUUUAGUCUAUAUUAGAGAGUGUGUGUGUGCGUGCAAGUCGUAUUUAGUAAUUGUUGUAGUUAAGUGGCUGGGUUUUUAUUUUUGUCCGACAUGAGUUUGACCCGCCAGGAGGCCUACGCCGUGCUGGGCCUUCCCAAUGGAGCGUCUGAAGCAGAAAUUAAAUCUGCAUACAAGAAGCUUGCUCUGGAAUGGCAUCCAGAUAAGAAUAAUAACAGUGAAACUGCUACCAUUAAAUUUCAGCAAGUUACGGGAGCAUACCAACUUCUUACUGCAGAGAGAAACGAGGCUCACAUGAGCUUGGAUGAAAUGCUGGAUUUAUUCAACAUGAUGUUUUUUGGAGCUGGGGGUGGAUUCCCAUUUUAUCGUCCGCGUUUUGUAUUCAUCAAUGGAGAUAGAGACGAGUUUUACUCAUCGGAUGACAGCGACAUGGAAUAUCUGUUUAACCCAAGCAGGGGUUUUCACGAAACCAACGCCUAUCCCCGCCAGAGUGGCCGUGAAUCUUACCAUCGCACGCAUGCCAGCAGCACCACCUCCACAGCUCAUAUGGGCAGGUCCACGUACAACACCAUCACAGUCGAGGAAGCAAAUAAAAAUGCAGCAGAUCUUAUACAGGAAGAGCAAAAUGCUAAAAAGAAGACUGAGAAACGUAAAUCUAAAAAGAAGAGGCGAAAGGAAAGAAAACAGCAAGAAAGAGUAGAGAAAGACCGGCAUAAAAAUCCAGAAGAUAAAGAGGAUGCGUGUUUGGGUAAUUCAAGUGAAAAUGAUGAAGAAACAGAAGUAACUGCUGAAAGCAAAACUGUGAAUAAGGAACCCAUUGUAAAACCUGGACCUCUUCCAAUGGAAUCUAAAAAAGGGGCGGGAGCUGCUGAUGCCCUCAAAGGGAGGACCGUAACUAAAGAUAGUAAUAAAGAAAAUACAAGUCCACCCGUGUUCUCGGGCACCAAAGACAACGCGGGCGCUGCUUCAUAUUCAGAGACUCACGAUAACAAGAGUGUUAACGUUGAAGUGAAAUCUAAUGGACAUGCCAAACAGGCGAAAGCAAGGGAUGCACCUUCGCAAAGGGAGCCUGUACAUUCAUACACACUCCCUGCUUCGGAGAAGAUUGGUGGCAACAGCUCGGUAAAUGGUGCCACGAAGGAGUCUUCGGAUUCUGAAGACGAACCUGAGUGGGAUACGUGUAGUGCCUUUUUUGCCAAGGUUGCAAGCAAACAACAGCCAAAGCAUACCAAAGUGGACAAAAAAGUGAAAAGCAAGGAAAAGCCAGUCCCAGUUAAAGAAGAAAAGCCUACAAAGGUUCCUGCCAGUGUUGUACCCCAGAAACCAAGUCCUGAUGAGUUGGCUCAACGGAGUGUACAGUUUGCAGUGCAAGGUAAUCAGUUGGCCAGUACACAGAGUUAUGCAGAAGCCAUUGAAAAGUUUACUGAAGCAAUUAAGUUAUAUCCGCAAGAUUUUCGGUAUUUUGGGAAUCGAUCAUAUUGUUUUGAGCGUCUAGGAAAGUACAAUGAUGCCUUGAUGGAUGCAGAGAUAGCUGUAAAUAUAAACCCAAUAUGGCCACGAGGAUACUUUAGAAAAGCACGGGCUUGCAUUGGAUUGAAGCAUUAUAGAGAGGCAGAAAGUGCAUUAUGCCAGGUUAUUAGUUUAGAUAUGUCUUCUGAAGAUGCUAAGCAAGAGCUGAUGAACGUGCGGACACUUCGUCUUAUGGAGAUGGGCUUUCCACAGCAGCAAUCGGAGGCUGCAAUCUGGGAAUAUGACACUGUGGACGCUGCUUUAGAAGCACUGCUUCGAAAAACAGGUGCAUUGCCAAAAUCCGGUGUGGGCAACAUGGGGAUACAGAAUCAUAAACUACCGAGUACUCGACCAAAUGUCGCCGUACAGAGAACCCAAGACUUAAGUGGUGCUUUGGGCAAUUCUUCAGUGCCUCCACCACCUCCGUAUAACCUCAUCUCUUUAUGGGUGGGAAACUUGACUUCUGCUGUUACUGAAGACAUGCUUCAAACCCUGUUUAGCCCAUUUGGACAGAUUCACAGCUUCAGAAUGCUGCUGGACAGAAAGUGUGCAUUUGUGAACUACACAACCAAGGAGGCCGCUGACAGAGCUUUAUGGUCCUUACAGGGAUACCAAGUAGCAAACACGAACCUGCUCAUCCGCUUCCAGAGUGCCUCCACAAAGAGCGUCGCCGCCGCCUUUCAGCAGCCUCAAGCAGUGCCGCCGCCGCCAGCAUCCAAAAACGGCUUCUCCAAAAUGCAAAGCAAAAAUGGGUUUCACUAAACUCCGCAUUACGAUGAAGAAGGCAACGUUUACCAGCCUGUCUUCUUGAAUGGACUUCAAAUCCACCCUGGACACAGAUUUGACUCCACUUUGUUGUUCCAUAAUAUAGUUUGCAUUGGAUAUACCAGCAUUAUGAAGCAUUCUGAUGUAAUGUUUGAAGCUGAUAAUGACGUGAAGGCAAACGUUUUGCCUGGUGUCAUAUCAAUGAUUCCAGGAAAUUGAACCUUGUCGAGAAUUACACAUGUAUAAAUGGCAAUCAUUUAAUUGCCUAUGUUAGAUGGCCGACUCAAUUUGAAUUUGUGCAACGCUAAAACAAACCUUAGUUAUUUAAGAACUUAAAUUGCAAGCCUCCAAUAUAACUUUUUAGGAAUACAUUUUUUUUAUAAUUAAGUUUGUCGUUAAUCUGACAUGUGUAACUUGCCUCUGGUCAGUUUUCAGGCCAUUUUGCGUUUUUUUCACUUAGUUACCAAUUGUGUUUAUGAUGCUUUGGGCACACACGGUUGGAGAAUACCUUACUUUAAAUAACUACUUUAAUUCAACACUUUUCUCGGCUUCAACUCGUUCCGUUAUAUUACAUGUUAAACUAAAGCCUACAUCAGCCAAGUACUUGCAACAAAAGUAUAUGAUCACGAUGUAACAUUUGGCAUUUUAUAAUUGAUCAUAACCAGCCCCCAAGUGUAAAACAUGAUAUUCGUAACUGAUAUAUGUUAACUUCAACUUUAUUUUGCAGCUUACUAUAUUGACCGGCUAAGUAUAAAAGCAUUUACCUGCACACACGUGUCAUCAAGGUUCUGCCAUUUUUUUAAAAGUCGUAUUAGGUCCAAAAGUUAUCCUGAUAUUGACAGCAAUUACAAACGUUUAAAUCGGAUAUCUUCAUAGAUGGCAACAAUAAGAUCAAGCUGAGGUUAACAAAACUAAGAAAUGGGUCGGUAGCAGUUUAGUUUAGAAAAAGAUUACACUUGUUGCUUAUUUCAAUGCAGUUAUAUUUUUCCUGUAGGCACCACCAGUCUGCCUUUCAAAGAUGUGCAGCAAAUUCCACCACUUGAUGUAAAACCACCAAUGUGGAUAAGACACCCACAAUUAGUUUGAGCAUGGGGGUAUUAACUUUAUUGACUGUCAAAUAAAUAGUAAUUAAAAUCAUUGGUUUUUGGUGACUUUCUAAUGGCCUUAAUCUACAAAUAGGAGUUUUGGUCAAUUCCUAUUUUUAUUAAAUGCUUAACCUGGAUUUCAACCAAACAAUUAUGCCUUCUCAGCUCUGCUAAAAUAACUUCAUCUCAGAAUCUACCGAUGAUGCUGUUGUGAAGCUGCUCCACAUUACAGCUAUCAAAAUAAAUGUUCUUAAACCACAUCAACUCGUGUUGGUAACCCGUUUUUCUAAGCCAUACAGUGAACGUAUGCCUUGGACUUUAAUUAGUUUUUAUCUAUAGUUUUGUAUGCUCUUUAGGUGUUUAAUAAAGCCAACAGAUGUACAGUAAACAUCAAAGCAUAAUAUACGUUUUCAUUUAAUCGGCACGAGUCGGGCAGGACUGUUUAAAUGAACAAUUUUCACGUCCUAAAUAACGAAAUUAGUCUUUGUCACGGAUUAAGCCGGGUUAUUAAAGUUUUCUGCAGCUACACAGCUGAAAUCUCCCCCUUGCAGAUUGAGAACAUUUGCAAUUACUACCAAUGUUUAAGAUUUCUAUUUUACAUGUUGCAAUCAUCUUAAUGUGAUAUACCUUGGACGUGUGAGUCUUGCCUAGAGGGGGGUUAAAACAAGGUGUAAUUCCCAGUCCAAGGCCCGCGUGCACAUUGAGAGAACGACGUGUAUACGAUUUAAAAGAUGAUGCUUUAGCGCCACCAGGGGGAUCUCUAUUCUAAGCCAGUUUAACCAAGCGGAGGAUUACAGCUGGAAUCCAGCGACAUGGCCCAACUUUACAUUGUCAACGAUAGCCGCUCGCUUGUAGACCGCACAACAAGCGGUGAUAUAACGUGGAUUGCAAACGUGGUUUGUAAAGGCAUUGGGAUGGGUAUUUAGCACUGCAAUUGGCUAAGCUCCUGUAAACGUUGACAUUCCACGGAAGUUACAUGGACCGGUGUUGGUUCGUGGUGAAUAUAUUAGGUAUUUUUUAAGUCCUUUAUAUGAAAUGUCGUUCUUGCAAAUCUGAGUGAAUGACAAGUGGGAAUUUAUAUUUAUUAUUUUACCUAUGCCAGCUCAUGAACCUUUUUUCGAAUUUCACAUGUAGUAUUUUGCAAAUGUCACAUUUUUAUUGCGUUUUUUGCUAUCGGUUUUAAAGUUUGAACGAGAACUCUUUAAUAUUCAGCUGAAUUGUUCGAUUAGAACGUUAUAAGUAAAAUGCUAAAAGUUAUCUUUUGCAAUUAAUCUUUUGUAAUGAAUGUUACGUUCAUACCUGACACAAUGACAUCAAUAAUUGUAAAUACAAACCUCUUAGUAUCUUUGAUAAUAAAUCUUAUUUGAAACUUUG